AUGGCGCGCCAAAAGCGUGGGUUGCGAGGCUUUACUGCGCGCGGGUGUGCUGGGGUUCUUUUUCAGUUGAUGUCGCGCUGUAAUGUCAUGCAGGGAAAGGCAUUUUCCUGUACCAGCCAGGGUCAAUUUACCACAGCCAAUAGAAAACAGAACAACGGCUCUACCAUCCCCCAGUGUUUUUCCUUGCCAGGACCCCGUGUCCCUGCGGAACUUCGGAAUGGCGCCAAUCUCAUUGAGAACAACUUGGACGCCGUACCAUCCUCCAGGAAAGUCUGGCGAAGUUUUCAACUCGAGAGAGGAGGCUGGGCAUUGAGAAGAACCCACUUAUUCAAUGUGCCAAGCGACUCGGAGAUCAGGAGGAGCUCAUGCUGGAGGUACCCGAUCUGA